AUGCAUCAUUUUAUAUUGCUAUUGUUAUUAUUUGUGAAAUAUGGUGCAUAUGUAGUAUGCUCAGAUCCUAGUGAUGAUAUAAGUUUUGAAAACGACAUUGACGAAAAAUGGAUGCUGCACCCCCUCGAAACAAAUCCUUUUAUUGAUUUACAACAUCCUAAUUUCAAGGGAGACUUUGUAAGAUCUAUUAAUGAAUAUUAUGUAUUUGAAACAAAAGAAUAUAAUGCGUAUAAAAAAGAAAGAUACAAUAAUAUAAAGAAUGGCAUCCCUUUUGAAAAAAAACAAUUUCAUUGUGCAUUCAAUCUAUUAUUACAUGGAAGACCAAAUUCAAGAAAUGCCGAUGAUUAUAGAAUAUGGAGUCCCCAAAUAACUUUAAUAAAGUAUGAUGCAAUGUUAAAAAAAAAAUAUCAUAAAUAUUUUUUAUAUGCGCCAUAUGUAGUAAUAACAAAUUUUGUUGGUAAUGAAGGAAUACACGCCCAUGCUAAUUAUGCAUUUCUUAUAACAAACCGCUUAUCUAUGACAUUCAAGCAUUUAUUAAAAGAUGAUACAUGUCAUACAUAUGAUGUAUUUGUACAUGCACAUUGUGUGGGAGGUAAUAUUGGUAGAAUUGUUUUCACGUUAGAUAGAGAUAUAUGGAAGACAGUAAAUCUCUCAUUAAUAGAUAUUCAAAAUGAAAGAACAACAUUAGCAAUAUUGAAUCACAAUUUCAAACGAACUUUAACCGACGUAAAUAUAAUAACUGAUAAAAGUACCAUAAAAUAUCGAUCAGAUCCAUAUUUUAAAAAACAUCAUCAUUGUCUCUACAAAUCAUUUAAAUUUGUUCCCAAAAAAAAAAGAUUAACAGAUUAUUUUGAAGAAAUGUUUAGCGAUCAUAAUGUUGAAUAUGAUAGUUUAGAGAGUGUGAACAAACAAUUGUAUAAAAAAAAACUUUCUAAAUUAAAAAAAUCAAAAUAUUCUAGUAGUAAACGUAUGAGAAACCCCUUUAAAAUGGAUGAAGAUCUGACCUCGAAUAUCAAAUCAGACUAUAGUGAGGAUGAAGACGAAGAAAUAUCAGAUUCCACGUCCGUAUUUGAUCCUAAUAAUAAUUCUUAUGACAAUUUUCAAUAUUCCUAUCAAACUUUAGAUAAUGAUGAUAGUGAAGAUGAUGAAGAAGUAAUAUCUCUAAAAUUCGUAAAAAGGUUGCAUUACUAUAUUUUAAAUAAAAAAUUUAAUUUGUUAGGUUUUACUGCAACAGGAUCGCCAUUAUCUGGUUUAUAUGCAAAUAUGGAGGAUGUUACAAUAGGUUAUCAAAAUGUAUCAAAAUAUAGACAUAUUAUUAAAUAUAUCCCUAAAAUUGUCACAUCUAAAUUAGCUAAAUUACGAGAUUUUAAAGAAUUGAUAUAUUUAAUAAACCCAGAAUUGUUUUGCUUAUUAGCUGUAAAUGAAAAAUUAAAUUAUAAUUAUAAAAAAAAUAUAGGUUCAUUGAUGGGAUUUUUUAAAAAUGUUAAUUUUUAUUCUGAUUUAGACAAUGACGAAGUAGUAAGCUUAUAUUCUGCUUUGGGUAUUCACUCAUCGAUGCAUAUGAGAUCAUUAAGUUAUUAUAUUUUAAACAUUAGAAAUGAAUACUAUUUACGACUAUAUAAUAUUCCUGUUCAUUUAUCCGACAUUAAUGUAUCAAAUAAUUAUCCAUUUUUUAAUUAUAUAAAACAUAAUCCCAUAUGUAAACAUGUACCAUCACAUAAUUUAGGCCAAUUUAUCUCUUUUAUUAAUGAAAUAGUUAAUUUUGAUCAAAAACCGAGACCAUACAUUCCAAAUAGAUAUGUAUAUAAAAGCCCUAAAUUAACUCAUUUUGUUAUCCCAAUGGCUGUAAGUAGUAAUAUUUAUACACCACAUUCAAUAUUAGGUAGUGGUAGAACUAAUCUAUUACUGUAUACAUAUGAUAUGUAUAGACAUAUAUCUCAUAAACUAGUUAGUGAGGAUAAUGUAUUUACAAGCGAUACCGAAUAUUCAUAUGAAGGAGACCCAUUUAUUUAUUAUAACUGGUUAACAUAUGUUGGUGAUCAAAAUAAUAUGAAAAGUCGUAGCUUUAUGAAAAAAAUUUAUUUGUAUUCAGAUAAUUUAAAUAUUAACACAGUAGAUAACUUAAUUAAUUCAUUUGUUAAUAUUCACUACACCAAAGUUUUUAUAUUUGAUAAAAACAAUCCAGUUGAUGCUUAUAGACAUUUAUAUAGAACGUUGAAUAAUUUCUCUAUACCUAUCGGAAGAAUCUCAUUUAGUGUUGGAAAUAAAAAAAAACUUUCCUUCCUAUCAUUAAGUACACCGAAAAUAAGUCGUGAUGAAGCUAUUAUAUAUGAAUAUAUUAACAGAUAUACGAACUUUAUUCAGAAUUAUAUUUUAAUGAAUUCUCUUUAUUCUAUAAAAUAUGAAAACCACAUAUUAACUCAUAAAGCCUUUAAAGAGUAUCAUCAAAAAGCUGUUGAACGUUUGAAAAAACAAUUAAAAAUUGUGGAAAGUUUUGUUAAGGCACAUAAAACAUUCAAUGGUAUGAAACAAGCAUUAAGGGAUUCCUUUAAUAUGUAUAAAAAUACUUAUGAUGAAAGAUCUAGUUCAUUAACGGAGGAAAUCAUUUAUGAAAGAAAUGAAUCUUCUGAUUCUAGGGGAAGUACUAGUAAUGAUGAUGCACCAAUAAAUACAGAUAUUUAUAUUAACAAAGAAUUGGGUGAUCUGGAAUCAUUUAUUGAAUCAUACUACCCUGAUCCUGAUAGCGUUGGUGAAAAUUUUUCAAAUGAAAAUUCUAAACAUGAUGACUCAUCUUCAUAUGACAACUAUUAUGGAACAUAUUUAUUAGUUAAAAGCAAUACAAAAAUAAAAUCUGUCUAUGAAUAUUUGUUAAAAUAUGAUAAAAAAUAUAAAAAUGCAAAAUAUAUAGAAUUUAUAAUGAAAAAUGAAAUGUAUGGAGAUAUAAAUGACCAAUUAAAUAAUAUAGAAAAUGGUUCAUCAUGCUUAUUUAGCGUAAAUGAUAAAGUGAAAAUUUCUUAUAUAAUCGACUAUUGUAAUUAUGAUAAAAAAUCAUAUUUCCUUUUUAACAAAGCGUAUAAAUCUAAAAAUAUAUAUUCUGUGCCAUCACACGAUGCAUGUGAAACUCCAGAAUAUAGUUAUUUCAAAUUAUGUCAAAAUGCAUCUCUCCUUAGAAAAUUUUUUACGAAAAGAUUAGAUACCGAAAUUGGUCAUAUACAUAGAAAGGAACUAAAAAGAAUAUCAACAAUGAAAAGCAGUAUUGAGAGUAAUAUGGACUCUACGCAUUUGUUUUCCAUAUCAAAUGAUUCAUUAGUUUCGAUAAUUCAUGAUCAAAACGAAGACAUAACUACGUUUGAUGUGAAUGCGUGUUUUACAGUAUCGGCCAAGACCACACUUGGAAAUAUAUUUAACGUGAAUAGUCGAAUGGAUCCAGAAACUAUAAACACUAGUAUCAAUAACUCAAUAUUUUGUACUCCUGUAUCUGUUCCGGUUGUAUCAAACAGACCAAUAAUGAAAAGUAUAAAUGAUAUAUACAUAAGAGCAAUUGUAGAUAUUAUAAAAAAUGAACAAUUUAGAGAGCUUAUGUCGAUACCCGAAAAACUAAAUCCUUAUUAUUCCUUUAUAUAUUUUUUUGAUAAAUUUGCUUAUGUUUAUAAACCAAAAAGUUGGUAUAAAAAUAUGAAUAGAGUAAAGAUGUUUAUCCCACCCCAAACAAUUAAAUGGAAUAUGUUUUAUUAUUUAUUAAGAAAUGAUAUAUCUACAGUUUACAAUAAUGAAGAAUUUUUAUAUGAAUUCUUUUACGGAAAUAAAUCCACUUCUGUCAAGCCACUAGUUAAAAAUAUAUUGAAACCAUUCUUGAGUCAUUUUACCCUCUUCUUCUAUCUUUAUAAAGUGGAUGAAUCUAUUGGUAAUUGA